GCCCAGAGAGGCGGCAGUACAUGCUCCGCUCGCAGUUUGCAGCAGCCAUUCAGAGAGACCACCACGAAGGCAGGGGAGAGAGCAGUGACGGCAGAAGACCACACUAGCAAGAUGCUGACGGCUUGUAUAAGCACAGUGGUCAUUUUAGUUCCUUUAAUACUCCUCAUGGGGCCUAUUUCUACAAAUCCCACUGCAGCUGAAGAAGAAUCGGGCACCACAGUUCCUGCUGAAAGUCGCCCAUGCGUCGACUGCCACGCCUUUGAGUUCAUGCAGAGGGCCCUGCAAGACCUAAAGAAGACGGCGUACAGCUUAGACUCACGGACAGAGACUUUGCUUUUUAAAGUGGAGAAGAGAACUUUGUGCGACUGUUUAACUGCAAAUACACUGAACUGAGAACGGGAGAUCUGCCUAGGAGUUCCUGGUCCUUCAAAAGCUUUUAGAAUGCUGCAGAUCGUACAGACAGUUUUAGGAAAUAAAACACUGAAAAUAUGUA